CACGUGGUCGGGGAAUAUGUCGUCUGUUCACUUCGGAGAGAAAACAUGGAUAUCGAAGGUUUAGUGUGUGAUUCGUGAGGACUUAUUCAUCGUGAAGUUUCGUUCGUGCUGGAGUACCCAUUGCAAGACCAGAACUUUCGUCGCUGACCCCAAGUUCAGCCCAUCUUCGCUGGAACCGUGUUUACCUACCUCCCUAUGACCAACCUGAUCGUCCAAUCAGCUACCAGGUAGAGGUCCAAGACCUGCCCCACAGACGGUGGCGCCCCCUGGCCCGGGGUAUCAGGAUGGAGGAAUAUGAGGUCAAGGACAUGUCCCCUGAUAAGGACUACAUGUUUAGAAUCCGGGCAGAAACUCCAGAUGGUGACCUCAGUGAACCCACACCACCUAUUCCAUACUACAGAACUCAUGAACAUAAGGAGCAUGAACCACGCCGACAAGCUGACCUUACAGUUCUUAAGGAGGAGUUCUCCGUACCGAACAGAUCUUACGUUGAACACCUUACCACGUACAUUCCACCUAGACUACCCAUUGACAAACCAGAGCUUCGAGAGAUAAGUCAAGACACUGUAUCAUUGUCAUGGAAACCAGCUAAAGUUCCAGAGAAGAUAAGGAGCUCUUCUAACUUGACAUAUGUCAUAGAAUGUCGCACUCCACCAAACUAUGAAUGGCGGGAAUUGAAGUCAGGGCUCACCUCAACAUCAUUCACUCUCAACAACCUUCACCCACGUAUGGAUUAUAUGUUCAGAGUCCGAGCUCAUAACCAGUAUGGUUUCAGUGAGGCCAGUCUCCCAAUCUCACUUUUCAGGCCGAUUGAACUUGAUGAUGAUGAUGUGGAAUAUGAUGACUAUGAUGAUGAAUAUAGAAAUACAUACAAUGACACAGACGAAGCUCCAAUGAAAAUCGAAGAAGCUCCACCAAAGCUACCAAUGGAAACCCCAAGGAUCACAGAUCAUGGAGAAUCAGCUCUGCUCAGUUGGCUCCCAGCUAGAAUUCCAGCAUAUGCAAAGAAAACUCCGAUUACGUAUAUAGUAGAGGUAAAAGAACCUCCAGUCCAGGGAUGGGCAAGAACUGCAAGCGGUAUUGUGGAUACCAGCUUUAUGGUAGAAGGAAUUCUGCCCAAUAGGGACUAUCAAUUCCGUAUUAGGGCCGAGACACAAUUUGGUACCAGUGACCCAACACUUUCUGCAGUGCUGGACAGGACCAAAGCUCAAAUCCAGGAUUCCAUAGAGGAUGAGGAUGAUUUGGAGAAUUACAAACCAAGAAAAAAACCUUCAGUUAAAAAACAAAGACCAUCUGAUCCAUCAUCUCCAUUGUCUCCUAUCAAUGAUUUUAGACCAAGGCAAAGGUUGUCUAAAUAUGCAUCACGCCUGCAAGAGGCUUCAAGUAUAGAUCAUUUGUCUGAUGACGAUGAUGCAUAUACCCCGAAAAAAAGGCAAACGUCGUCCAAAUAUUUGUCAUCGAAAAGCUCCUAUGACAGACAGUCUUUGAAGUCAACAUCUAUUGAUGAAGAUAUGUACAGUAGGCCGAAAAAGAGACCAACAAAACCAGCAACACAAAAUGACAAUUUGUUUUCUGAUGAAGAGGAGGAAAUGCCAUCCAAGUCUCGAUUCUCUAAAUAUUCUUCCCGUAAUAAAAAGUCGACAGGACUUAGAGACUAUUCCUUUGAUGAGGAAGAUUUUUCAGCAAACUCAAAGUACUCUAAAUAUUCUUCUCGUGCAAAGAAACCUUUAUCAACCAAUUACUCAUCUGAGGAAGAGGAUUAUGUACCAUUUACCAGGUAUUCUAAAUAUGCGCGACCAAAGAAGUAUUCAUUUGAGGACGAUUUCUCAGACGAAGAGGACUAUCAACCAAGACCAAGAUCUAAACGUAUGCCAAAAAAGAAGUACAUUUUGGACGAGGAUCUAUCUGACGAGGAAUACGAACCUUUCCGGCCUAGAUAUUCAUCCCGCAGUAAACGGGACAACCCUGAUUUCUAUGAUGAUGAGCCUUAUAGCAAUAGGUAUAAAUCACAUAAGUAUCGAUCAUCAUUUGGUGAUGAUUCUUACGAAUCUGCUGUAUCAGCUAAAUUCCGUUCACGGCGACACACAACAGAUCUGUCUCCUUUGUCAAUGGAGGCAGCAGAACUACGUUCACGCCGACGCCAUGACGAUGCACCUUUAUCUGCCGAUUCAUUAUCUCGUGGUUUGUGGACAAGAACGAGCCCUCCAAGGACUCUAGAUCUUCCUUUCACCAGGGAAUUUUUGGAGAUUCUGAAGGGCUCUAUGGAUAAAAAAGAUAAAAAGCAAACAACAUACUCUCCAGAUGGGUCUGCCUCCUACAAACCCGCAGAUAAACCAUCACCGUGGCAACAGGAAUCAUCUUCUAAUCUCCCCAAGGAAAAAUCUCGACUUGCGAGUCGUGACAAGCGCCGUAAUGACCCAGAUGACCUUCCCCAGGCUGUGUAUCUAGACUCUGUACUUACAGGAGUGCCACCAAGAAUGCCAUCAUCUCGUCCAAUGAUCACGAACCAGGCAGGUAACCUUUUGACCUUGGCCUGGCUGCCUGGACGUGUACCAUCCUAUGUGAAGGGUUCCAACAUGACAUACCUAGUGGAGAUGAAAAAGCCACCGAGCAACUUGUGGCUGAAAUUGAUAGACAAUGUUGAAGAGACAGAGUUUGAUGUAUAUGACCUUCAAGAAGAUCAGGACUAUAUGUUCCGAGUCAAAGCCAAAAAUGAGUUUGGCUGUAGUGAACCAACUAUGCCUCUCUCCAUUAUAAGGAACAAAGAUGACUACAUUGGUACAGCUGUACUUAGUAGAUCUGGGUCACGAGGAAGUUUGGACAGCCCCUGGACAAGGUCUAGAGCUUCUUCAGUUGACAGUCUGUUGGAAUCUGUGCCCACCAAAGCCUGCAAACCUGAAUUCAAGCUACAAGAGGACACAUUCUACGGGGCAGAGGCCAGACCAGUCACAGUAUCUUUACAGGUGAAAGGCUUUCCCUUACCUAAACUGAGAUGGUAUUUCCAAGGGAGAAAACUCAAGCUUGGAAACAGAUACAAAUCAUUUAUCACUCCUAAUGGCAUCGCCACAUUGGAAUUUUCACGAAUGAGUGAGAAGGAUGUUGGAGAAUACAAAUGUCGUGCAGAGAAUGACCAAGGAAUGAGCGUCAGGAUAUUCAACCUGGAAAUGUCAGAUGCUCCAACAUUCCUGGAGCCACUGAGAAACAUAGUGGUUGACCAUCGUGGAAGUGGCAAAUUGGAAUGUCGUGUUGAUGGAAUUCCCUCACCGACUGUCAAGUUCAUGAAAGACUGGCGUCCCGUGACUGAAUCCUCGCGUGUCAGGAUUGUCAACGAAGCACCAGACUACUGGUCACUUACUAUCGAAAAUGUCAUGAGCAGUGACUGCGGUCAAUAUCAGUGUGUUGCGGAAAAUGUGUCUGGUAAAGCAGUCAGCUCGGCCAAAAUCACAGUGGAAGAGGUGUCUAGUGAAGAACGAGUGCCACAUUCCCAGGGUCUACAUUAUCGUGAGGCUCCUGUUGAGGACUUCUAUUACAUACUGGAGGAGCUUGGCAGGGGACGCCAUGGUGUAGUAAGAAGAGUGCUUGACAAGUCAACAGGGAAACAGUAUGCAGCCAAGUUUAUCCCUGUGGCUGAUCCAGAGAUGAAACAUUUCUUCAGACAGGAACUUUACAACCUCCGAACUGCCUCUCACAAAAAUGUGGUUGAUGUGGUUGAUGCCUUCCAAUCAAACAGAAGCUUAGUGAUCAUCACAGAACUUGCUAGCGGAGGUGAACUUCUUGACCGUGUCCUGUCACUAGAAAACUGGACAGAGAGUGAUGCAGCCUUCUACAUCCGACAGCUUCUAGAGGUCAUCAAGCAUCUUCACCAUCAACAGGUCUACCAUUUGGAUAUCAAGCCUGCCAAUAUAUUGCUGGGUGCUGCUGACUCAGAUGAGAUCAAACUGAUCGACUUUGGUCUGUCUCGCCGCAUUCUGCCUAAUCAGUCUGUUCGUUGUAACUACGGUACCCCAGAGUUCACUUCCCCUGAACAAGUCUGUAAUGAAGUUCUGUCAUCUGCCUCAGACCUCUGGAGUGUGGGUGCACUUGCAUACCUCCUUGUGUCUGGGAUAUCAGCCUUCCAGGACCGUACAGACAAAGAUAUUCUAUCAUGGGUAGAGACCUGCGACUGGGAGUUUGACGAUGAGGGAUUUGAACUGGUAUCCAAAGAGGCCAAAGAUUUCAUCAACAAACUGUUGGUUCUUGAACCGAGUGAGCGUCUAUCACUGGAAGAGUGUAUGGACCACGCCUGGAUCAAGAAUGCAACAAACCGUGGUCAAGGACCGAGACUGAACAUCGAGCACCUAACUACAUUCCACAAACAGAACAAGAAAGAGAGGCUUUUGAGCGCCCUUCAGACAUGUGCUCGUGUCCAGAGCCUAAAGGCCAUCAUCAAUGAUGACCUUGAGGAAGAGGAUACAGGUUUAUACCCUAUGAAGGACAAGAACUCUGGCGAAAUGAUCUACCCAGACUCGCAACCCUAUGGUAAAUUCCUCGACCAAGAGUCUUGGGCGGAUUGGCAAGUCCGCUACCAUCAAGGGGGCAACACCUUACUUGUGCCUCUAGCUGAGCCUGACUACACGGCUCGCGUACGUGAGUACAAGGAGGCUGCUGGAGAGAGUGACUAUUCUGAGGAGGGAUCGUCAGAUGGAACGAUGAAGGAACGGAGGUCAGUGAAGGAUGUUGAGCAAGAAUAUGUUUCUAGCAGCAACCCUUGUCUACAAAAAGAACUAGAGUGGGCUCUUGUAGCAGAGGAAUUCAAACAGCAACAACAAACACCCGAGGAACUCUUCGACAAGGAACAGAUUGAUCCUGCAAAGUUGCCAUUGUUUGUGACAAAGCUCCGAGACCAUGCCUUCAUGCCAGGUGAGACUGUGACCUUGACCUGUCAAAUCCAGAGUGAGGCUACACCUUCUGUCAACUGGUUCCGUAAUGAAGAACAGGUAUCUGAAGGUAAUCGCCUUCGGACUUCCCUCUCAGAAGACGGCACAGCAACCUUAACAAUUGAACUGUCCAAGCCGUUUGAUGAGGGUGUGUACAAGUGUGUGGCGAGGAACCAGACAGGAAAGUCUACUAGCUGGGCAAGAGUCUUAGUUGGAGGUGUGACAGAGGCGCCUGGACGACCAGUUGUGGCCCAGGUUUCUAGCUCGGAGGCCUUACUGGUUUGGGAGCCCCCCAUGGCUGAUUCUAAUACUCACGUCACUGGCUACAGGAUAGACUAUAGGAAAUCUGGAGACGAAACAUGGACUGUUGGAGCCAACGUCAUUGAUGAGUGUUGCCUAGUAGCCGGUCUACUUCAGGGUCGGAGCUACAGGUUCCGUGUGGCAUGUGUAAACAAAUUUGGCAUUAGUCCCUACAGUGUAGCUUCAACAGAGGUCAAGACAAGAUCUGACCCAGAUGCCAAGAUCACAGUUGACAAAUAUAUGGCUGCCAUCCUUGCUAGACAAAAGGAAGUGGAGACACGCCCCUCCCCAACCUCAAGCAGGAAGGGGUCAGAGGUCAACUCCACGGAACUUUCACUGAUGGAGGGCUCCCCUGAAGAUACCUAUAGCUUCUUAAACACUCUGUAUAGUGGUGGUUUCUCUGACCUCGUAUGCUGUAGAAAGUCCGAUACCAAUGUUCUGUACCUUGGAAAGAUUGUCCAUGUUCAGUCUGACGAUAUGGAGACAGCCAAACAUGAAUAUGAAAUUUUAAAGACUCUCUGUCAUGAAAGAGUAGUCUCCCUUUAUGGAUGCCAUCUUUACAAGGACAGUCUUUAUAUGAUGCUUGAGUUCCUUUACGGACUAAAUGUCAUUCAGCAUCUGUCCUUCAAAACAAAAUACACUGAGGAUAUGGUUGCAAAGGUGAUGCGACAAGUCCUGGAUGGUGUUGAGUAUUUACAACAUCAGGGCAUUGUCCAUCUUAACCUCCAACCCAGCAGCAUUGUCAUGGUCAGUCGCAGACACUUGGACAUCAAACUUGUCGAUUUUGCUUUGGCCAGAAAGGUCGGCCAAGAGGGAGAGUUGAUGACUAUAGAAGGCUUCCCAGAAUUCAUUGCCCCAGAAGUUCUUGCCAAGGAACUAACCUCAUUCCCAGCAGAUAUCUGGACAGUUGGAACUUUGGCCUUUCUUCUACUGAGUGGUGAAUCCCCAUUUGUGGCACCCACAAAGAAGGAUGUAUACUCCAAUAUUGUGUAUAAUCGCUACGAUGCCCACGGGUUGUACGAGAAUGCUACAAGGGAGGCUCUCAAGUUUGUGUUCCAAAUCCUCAAGCGAACACCAAGAAAUCGUCUGACUGCUACCGGAUGUUUGGAGGAUAAAUGGCUUCAAGUGACCGAUGUCAUGACAAAGUGUCGUAAGGAAGUUGUCUUCUCGACCUCCAAAUUACGCACGUUCUCCCGACGAUACCUUGCAAACCGGGUCUUGGAUAUGUAUCCCAUGAUUCAUGAGGAAACACCAUCAGACACAGCAGAGGAUCCAGAAUUUGAUGAAGAUGAAGAAGAAGAGGAAACAACCAGCCAUGUUGUCUUAGAUGAAACUGCAGAGGAACAACAGAUAAAAGAAACAAGUGACUCUGUGGAGCAACCAAUCACCAAUGAGGUAACAACUGAUGAUUUGGAUGAACCUAUAGAAAAUGAUGUUAUUCCUGAAUCUGAGGAGUCUGUGGAAACUGAAGUAACAUUAUCAGUACCAGAAGACUCGCAGGAAGAAAAGACAACAGAAGGAAUUAAACAAUUAGCUGAUGAUAUUGUUGCUUCUGCCAUGGAUGCAGCUCUACAAACUCCUGAAUCAAAUUCUGGUGACGCAACUAGUGAUGCUUGAACAUAUAACCUGUGUUUUUAAUGGAGAUGUGAUUCAGCAUUGGCUUAGCAGUAAAACAUUUACGUCAUACCUGUGUAUAUCCUACUGAUGGAAAUAUCAUCGCUCAAUUUUAAGAUAUCUUUCUUAGUGAUUGAGCAAUAUUGGUGUGAUGUCAAGCUUAAGUUAGUAGAAAUAACAAUGAGAAGCUGUUUAUCAUGUCAUCGCCAAUCUGAGGGUGCUGAAAACAGAAACUUGGUGUUCCAAUUUUUUCGCGGGGAAUUCCGUUUUUUUCUACAACGGAAGUGUAACAAUUAUUUAUUUGCUUUUUUGAUGAGCUUUAAGUUAAUAUGUUGAGUUUUACUGUAUUCUGUUGAAUGUGGAUUUGCUGUAAAUUAUCGAAUUGAGGAAAUUCAUGAUGUUGUUCUCGAUAACCUUUGUAUAGGUACAAAACUUCAGCCAUAUUGUAUCUUCCAUAAUUUUAUAAUUAUAGAUGAUGUGUUAUUUAAAUAUUCAAAUUUAACUAUAAUAGAAACAUGGACAUUUUCGUUUUUAAUUGAGUAAUGUUGUAUAAAAAGUAGUGAUAACUAAACAUGGAAAACAAUAUGCCAUGGAGUAUUUAAUUUACAUAUUUAUUAUGGUAUUGAUUCAAAAAUUAUAAAACCUACUAAUGUAAUAAUAAUAUACUAUUAUUUAUAUAUGUCAACUGCUUUUGAAAUAUUUAUAGGUCAUUUACAUUUAUAUAUAACUUAAGAAGUCUUUCAUCUACUUUCAUCCUGUAAAUAUUAAAAUGUCCAAGUUUGGAUAAUUUUACAAUCUAUUCUGUGAAAUAAUUGCAGUCCAGAGCUAAUUUUGAGAAAAAUCUUAAGAUUUAGAAUUAUGUAUCUUGUGUGAUGUUACAAUUGGAUUGUCUCCCCUUUAACAUUUCAAUAUUUACAGGUAUAGCAUCUUCUGUAUGCUUCUGAGGCCUUAGUGAAAUAAACCAUAAAUUGUGAUACAAAUUUUAUUAGCAAUAUUCUACUGUUUUAAACACAUUUUAAUCGUGUGCUUAGAUAGAUAUUAAUGAUUGAUACUAAAUAUCCAUAUAUAAUGAAUAGAUACAGUUUUUAAUCUCUUGUAACAAAACUUCAUUAAUAUAUAUCAUAGGUAUGUUGAUAAUGAUAAUGUUUCAUGUUCGGUUUGAAUAUUCCAAGUUAUUCAGCAAAAUCUGUGCCUUUAAAUAAAUAACACCUUUCAGAUUUUGAUAACAAUUUCAUUAUUGUUGUAUAAGGUACAAUGUGUGUAGAUGCAUACUUGCAGUCAAUCAGAUAUUAAAAAAAAAAAGCAUGAUGAUACAGUAUGUUUUACUUGGAUAAAUCAUAGUGUUUUGUUAUAUAUAAAACUUUAGCAAACAUAACAAAGAAAUAAUGAUAUAAUUCUGAAAUUUGACAAGUUAACAUUUGUGGUGUUAUGUUACAAAACCGAUGAGAAAAAAUGUAUUGUCAAGCAGAUAUGGUGCAAUAAAAAUCAUCAAAUGCUGAAGACUUUACAUAUAGACCGUUCAACACUAAAUGGUUGAACUUUUUUUAAUGUGGUUUUUCUAUGGGAGAACUACUCCUUGAGGUUCUGUGUUAAGAUGCCCAUCCAACUGUAAUAUAUUUGGUCAAACAACAAGACGAGAAAGUUAAAAGGAUACAUUGAUUGAGGGACAGGUUUUCUGUCUCCGUGACUCCUCCUGUGUUCCAUGUCAUCUCACCCAGGAAUGUCGGUGUUCUGGUGACAUGAAAAAAAAUGGACACACUUUAUGGCUGACCUAUGACUGGAUCUUUAUUCUAUUUUACAAUGUUUGUCUUACCAUGUGAACAUUUUAGAAUUUUUAAAAAUGAAAUACUCAAUCUUAUGAUCAGAUAUAGGAUAUAGUAGCAAUGAUAACUAUUAGUGGUCAUAUUGUUGAUUGAAGACUAACCAUGAGUUUACCUGUUACGGGAUUUUACCUGUAUGUGGACUAUACCUGGGAAUAGGGUCUGUCUGUAGUUUGUACCGACACGUUGUGCUGUCUGGAAUUUACAUGAAAUUAAAUUGUUGUACAGUUCAUCAGGAAUUUACACUGUACAUGUGCUAUGUAUACUUCCUGGUGUUUAAAUAUGGGUACUUAAUCACAGUCCUCUCUCAUUUUAUAUGUAAUGUGUUUCUUAAUUUAUAUGUGUGCUGUUUUCUUUUUCAGAAAUAAAAAAAAUAGUUUGAGGAAA